AUGAGUAGAAGAGAGAGACUAUUUCAUGAAUGGUUCAAUCUGUUCGCACUGAUCUGGAUGAUCAUCGCAGACAUCUGUUUCAAUGCACACUGCUUGAAGGACCUGAAGAUUUUCGUGCCGGAAGCGGUGAUAAUGGGCAAUGCUGCGACGCUUUCGUGCCAAUAUGAUCUUGGACAGGCUGCGCUCUACUCAGUUCGCUGGUAUUUCGGCUCCGAGGAAUUCUAUCGCUACGUGCCCAAGGUGUCACCGCCCACGCUGGUCUUUCCGGUGUCUGGCAUUAAUGUCGAUCUUACAAAUUCAGAUGCCACCUCUGUGACGCUGAAGGGUGUAAACCGUGAACUAACCGGCAACUAUCAAUGCGAAGUGUCCGAGGAUGCGCCGGUCUUUCACACCGAUAUUCGUGCCGCACACAUGCAGGUCAUCGAACUGCCCAAAGAUGAGCCGGCCAUGCAGGUGGACAAGAAAGUCAUCACGGCGAACGACAACUUCAAGGCCGUCUGCACAGUGGGACCAUCCUAUCCGCCAGCCAACAUAACUUGGUACAUCAAUGGCCGCAAGAUCUACAAAACCCCUUUCCAGCGCAUCAAUCAUGUCGCCUUUGAGGGAUCCGCCACCUACUCGUCCCUUGAAAUUUAUCCACACAGCCAAGUGAUACAGGGUUUCUUCCAAACGGUGCCCAAAUACCAAACGACGAGCAUUCUGUUGCUCUGCGAAGUCUCCAUACUGCAUGUCUUCCACAAGAACGUGCAACAACGUCUGCUGCUGAGCAUAGUGCCGCCCACCACCAUCUCACCAAAUCUGCUCGGCCUGGAGGUUUCGAAACGCAUCAACGGCGAUCCAGACAAUUCAGCACUCACUGGCGGCGGCGGUAGUAACAGCAGCAGCAAGCGGAUAGGCAUAGGCGAGGUCAUUGGUAUGGCAUUCGCGUUGUUGGCGGUAGGUGUGUGCCAUGGCGCCAUGUUCGAUGAUCUCACAGAUGGUAUCUUGCUAAUAUCUGCUGCUGGCAUUCGGCUUGCUGUGGCGGGGACUUUGUCGCUGAGUCAGACAACAAUUGCUGCGGUGGCGUCGACAGCGAUGGCAGCAGCAGCUUCAGCAUCAGCUGCUGGGCUACAAACAAGGCGCCAGCUGUGA